AUGGGAGCGAGGGGUUGCCUGGGGCCGCUGCUCCUGCUGCUGCUGCCGCCCCUCCCUUGGGGUGAGCACUGGGGCGAUGGGUCCGGUGUGGCCAGCGCAGGCUCAGAGUCACUGGCCGGGGUGGUGGCAAGUGCUGGUGGGGACGGGACCUCGCUCCAGCCGUCGAUCAUCGGGGGACACGAGGCCAAAUCCCACUCCCGGCCCUACAUGGUGUUCAUCCUGUCCGAGAGGGGCGCCUGCGGGGGAGCGCUGCUGCACCCUCGCUGGGUGCUCACGGCCGCGCACUGUCUGCAGAAGGGGUCGUGGCACAAAGGGAGGCUGCUGGUGGGGCUGCACAACUGGCAGAAUCGCGGGCCGGGCAUUCAGAGCUUCCCCAUCCGGGCUGCCUGUCCCCACCCCGGCUACAACGAAACCACGAUGGAGAACGACCUGCUCCUGCUCCAGCUGGACGGGACGGUGACACUGAGCAGGACACGGCAGCUGAUCUCUCUGCCGAGGAAGGAGCCGGCGCCGGGGGCGCGGUGCAGCCUGGCGGGCUGGGGGCUCCUGCACCCCAAGGGCAAGAAGCUGUCGCCCACCCUGCAGGAGAUGGAGGUGACGGUGAUGGACUCGCGGAUGUGCAACAACAGCCGCUUCUGGAACGGCGGCAUCGGCCCCAACAUGAUCUGCUUCCAGGGGCAGCACUGCGGCUCGGCACCUGCCAAGGGUGACUCGGGGAGCCCCUUGGUGUGCGGGAAGCAGCCGGCAGUGGCUGGCGUGAUGUCCUUCGGUAGCCCGGACCCCACUGACCCUUUCAAGCCACCGGUGGCCACUUCGACCUUGAAGUACAAGAAAUGGAUCCAGAAAACGCUGCAGAGGGGCUGCAGAUCUGGCCAGCCCAAACACACGGGACACACCAAACAGCCCUUCCUAUUUACACAGAGCAUCCCCCCAGCCUGGUGAGAGCACCCUGUGAGCAGCCCCUGGGAUGAGCCCAUCGGGACCCCAGCCACUCCCACGAGCCCUGCCCUGCUCCUCCUGCACCAUUUCUGCCUGCCACCCCGUCGGACCAGCACAAGUCACCCAUCAGCAAUCAGGACCCUCCAGCAGGAGGUCCCAGACCCCAUCUUCCCCUCCAAAGUCUC